UGGGGUCCAAAUCUAGCUGACCCGAUCUCGUCAACGUCGCCGCCCAAAUCCAACGGCACGGUGAUGUGACACGUGGGCAGGGAAGGCUACGUUUUCCUGUUUUCCAUUGAAUCCAACGGCUCUGAUCUCUCCUACAGACAAACAGCUCAGUGAAGGCAGCGUACGCCUUUUUGCCAAGUCUUUGCUCUCGUCAUGUCGCUACCAAAAUGAGAUCGAAAUGUGGACUUAAAAUCACCAAAAUUAAUCAACGAAAUUGACCGACCUGAUCGCUUGCUUGCCGCUCAAAUUAACCACACGCAUUUGCAACCGCGUUUUUGGUUUUGAUAAUUACUUCUGCGAUUGUUGUGGAGGAGGAGGAAGAGAGAGGAAAGUGUCGUGUCGUGUCGCCAUGUUGCUCAAGCUCUUGCUCGCCGUCGUCCCGCUCGCCGUCAUCGCCGGCGUGCUCGUGUACGUCGCCGGCGUCCCGUGGGCCAUCUCCAUCGUCGUCCUCGUCGUCGUCUUCGUCGUCGUGCACAGGGCGCGCCGUGGCAGGUCACCGGCGGCGGGAGGAGGAGGAGGAAUGGUCCGGGAUGAUCAAGAACCGACGGUGGCGCGGCCGGCGGCGCCGAGCGCCGUCGUCGUUGUGGUGGCGCCGCCGCUGCCACCGCCGCUCCCGAUCCACCGUGUGCCGGCAGCAGCGGUGCAGCCCUCCGCGCCGCCGGUCGUCGCCGACGACGUGGCGCUCUUGGCGUACGCGUACGAGAAGAAGAAGAAGAAGAGGAGAGGGAGCGACGGCGACAGCGGCGGCGGCGACGACGGCGACGGCGGCGGCGAGGAGUGCUCGGUGUGCCUCGGCGAGAUGAGGCAAGGGGAGGCGGCGAAGCGGCUGCCGGUGUGCCUGCACGUGUUCCACGAGGAGUGCAUCGACAUGUGGCUCGGAUCGCACGCCACGUGCCCGAUAUGCCGCUCUCCGGUGGACGCCGGCGCCGUGGCGGCGCGGGUGCAGGUGCAAGUGCAAGUGCAAGUGCUAUCAUGUUAGGACUGUGUGUGUGUUUGUAUUGUACGUGUGUUUUGAUCAGCGCUUCAGCAGAUGUGUUUUCAUCUGCAUCUACUUUGAGUUGGAUCCGUUUGUUGAUUGAUUUCCUCCAAGCAGAGUAUCACUCUCUGAAUUUUGACUCCGGAUGUGUCAUCCUUUCAUAUUUUAUUACA